AUGGCUUUUGCCAAUUUCCGUCGCAUCCUGCGCCUGACCACCUUCGAGAAGAGAAAGUCCCGCGAAUAUGAGCACGUCCGCCGGGACCUGGACCCCAACGAGGUGUGGGAGAUCGUGGGUGAGCUGGGUGACGGCGCAUUCGGCAAGGUUUACAAGGCCAAGAACAAGGAGACAGGUGCCUUGGCUGCGGCCAAAGUGAUUGAGACCAAGAAUGAGGAGGAGCUGGAGGAUUACAUUGUGGAGAUCGAGAUCCUGGCCACCUGUGACCAUCCCUACAUCGUGAAGCUCCUAGGAGCCUACUACUACGAUGGCAAGCUGUGGAUCAUGAUUGAGUUCUGUCCUGGGGGAGCCGUGGAUGCCAUCAUGUUGGAGCUGGACAGGGGCCUCACCGAGCCGCAAAUUCAGGUUGUUUGCCGCCAGAUGCUGGAAGCCCUUACCUUCCUCCAUGGCAAGAGGAUCAUCCACCGGGAUCUGAAAGCUGGCAACGUGCUGAUGACGCUUGAGGGCGAUAUCAGGCUGGCUGACUUUGGUGUCUCUGCCAAGAAUCUGAAAACUCUGCAGAAACGAGAUUCUUUCAUCGGAACGCCUUACUGGAUGGCGCCUGAGGUGGUGAUGUGUGAGACCAUGAAGGAUACCCCAUACGACUACAAAGCUGACAUCUGGUCCUUGGGCAUCACCCUGAUUGAGAUGGCCCAGAUUGAGCCUCCGCACCACGAGCUCAACCCCAUGCGGGUCCUGCUCAAGAUUGCCAAGUCAGACCCGCCCACACUGCUCGCCCCUUCUAAGUGGUCAGUGGAGUUCCGAGACUUCCUGAAGGUGGCCUUGGAUAAGAACCCAGAAACUCGGCCCAGUGCCGCACAGCUCCUAGAGCACCCUUUCGUCAGCAGCAUCACCAGUAACAAGGCUCUGCGGGAACUAGUGGCGGAGGCCAAGGCGGAAGUGAUGGAGGAGAUCGAAGAUGGCCGAGAGGAAGCAGAAGAGGAGGAGUCUGUGGAGGCCACCCCUUCUGUGGGGAGCCAUACUCAGGACACUUCUGAGGUGAGUCAGCCGAGCCUCAAUGUUGACAUGCCUCCAAAGGAAUCAUCUUCUACCCCACCGACGCCAAAUCAGCCUCAGGACAGCGUGAAUGGGCCCUGCAGCCAGCCCCCUGCAGACAUUUCCCUCCAAACCACCAACCCCCCAGAUGUGGCCCCUGGAAAUGAGAAUGGCCCAGCUGUGCCUACACCUCUCCGGAAGUCCCGGCCAGUAUCCAUGGAUGCCAGGAUUCAGAUAGCCAAGGAGAAGCCGGUCACUGACUGGGGAGACCACAAUCCAGCUGCCAAUAGGUCCCAGAAGUCAGGCCAGAGCCGGCCAAGCAGCAGUGCUCUGGAGACUUUGGGUGACGGAAAGCUCGCCAAUGGCAGCCUGGAGCCCACAGCCCAGGCAGCUUCAGGCCCAUCCAAGAGGGACUCAGACUGUGGCAGCCUCUCCACCUCCGAGAGCAUGGACUACUGCACCUCCCUUUCCGCCGACCUGUCCCUGAACAGAGAGACGGGCUCUCUGUCCAUUAAGGACUCAAGGCUGUACAAGAAGACUCUCAAACGGACACGGAAGUUUGUGGUGGAUGGUGUGGAGGUGAGCAUCACCACUUCCAAGAUCAUCAGCGAAGAUGAGAAAAAGGAUGAGGAGAUGAGGUUUCUCAGGCGCCAGGAACUCCGAGAGCUCCGGUUGCUCCAGAAGGAAGAACAUCGGAACCAGACCCAGCUGAGCAACAAGCAUGAGCUACAGCUAGAGCAGUUGCAGAAACGUUUUGAACAAGAAAUCAACUCCAAGAAAAAGUUCUUUGACACCGAGUUGGAGAACCUGGAGCGUCAGCAGAAACAGCAAGUAGAGAAGAUGGAACAAGACCAUGGUGUGCGCCGCCGGGAGGAGGCCAAGCGGAUCCGCCUGGACCAGGAGCGAGACUACGCCAGGUUCCAAGAACAGCUCAAACUGAUGAAGAAGGAGGUGAAGACAGAGCUGGAGAAGCUCCCCCGGCAGCAGCGGAAGGAGAGCAUGAAACAGAAGAUGGAGGAGCAUGCACAGAAAAAGCAGUUGCUUGAUCGGGACUUUCUCGCCAAGCAGAAGGAGGACCUGGAGCUGGCAAUGAAGAGAAUCACUGCCGAGAACAAGCGGGAAAUCUGUGACAAGGAGCGAGAGUGUCUUAAUAGAAAGCAGGAACUCCUUCGAGACCGGGAGGCGGCCUUGUGGGACAUGGAGGAGCACCACCUGCAGGAGAGACACCAGCUGGUAAAGCAGCAGCUCAAAGACCAGUACUUCCUGCAACGGCAUGAGCUGCUACGCAAGCACGAGAAGGAGCUGGAGCAGAUGCAGCGCUAUAACCAGCGAAUGAUGGAGCAGCUGAAAGUUCGGCAGCAGCAGGAGAAGACACGGCUGCCAAAGAUCCAGAGGAGCGAGGGCAAGACGCGCAUGGCUAUGUACAAGAAGAGUCUCCACAUCAAUGGUGGGGGCAGCGCCUCAGAGCAGCGAGAGAAGGUCAAGCAGUUUUCUCAACAGGAGGAAAAGAGGCAAAAGUCGGAGCGGCUGCAGCAGCAGCAAAAACAUGAGAACCAGACGAGGGACAUGACAGCACAGUGUGAAAGCAACACAAAUGAGCUGCAGCAGCUACAGAAUGAAAAAUGUCACCUGUUAGUAGAGCAUGAAACCCAGAAGCUGAAGGCCCUGGACGAGAGCCAUAACCAGACCCUGAAGGAAUGGCGGGACAGGCUUCGACCACGCAAAAAGGCUCUGGAAGAAGAUCUGAACCAGAAGAAAAGGGAACAGGAGAUGUUCUUCAAAUUGAGUGAGGAAGCAGAGUGUCUGAGCCCUCCCACCCCAAGCAAGGCCACCAAGUUCUUCCCUUACAGCUCUGCGGAUGCUUCUUAA